AUGCACAAUCUUCAAGAUCAUCAGCUUUUUAGACUUAGUGCUUGCCGCCAGUCUCUAACUUUAGGGCAUUCGCAACAUCAACCACAAGCAAGAUUCAGUUAUAAUCAACAAGCAACGACAGCGUUUCCUAAUCACCCUCAAGGAACUUGCUUUACACAGCCGCAUGCAGUGAACUUCCAACAACAAGAACAUGCGAUAGGAUAUACUUUGCCAGGCCAAUUAGCCAGAUUCCCACAACCUGUAUUCAAGGAACUAGAACAAGCAGUGGAUUUCCAGCAACAAUUUUAUCAAACAGGAACCGUACUGCAACAUGAAGUAGCAGGUUUUUUAGGGAGAUUCGAGAUGGAAGAACAAGCCGCAAGAUUCAAGCAGCAAGGACAAGCCGCAAGAUUUAUACAGCAAGAACAAGGCGCAAGAUUUAUACAGCAAGAACAAGCCCCAAGAUUUAUACAGCAAGAACAAGGCGCAAGAUUUAAGCAGCAAGAACAAGGCGCAAGAUUUAUACAGCAAGAACAUGGCACAAGAUUUAUACAGCAAGAACAAGGCGCAAGAUUGAAGCAGCAAGAACAAGCCGCAAGACUUAAGCAGCAAGAACAAGGCGCAAGAUUCAAGCAGCAAGAACAAGCCCCAAGACUUAAGCAACAUUACGCGGUACAAGACCCAACAUUUGAAACCUUCAGUAGGGAACAUCCCCCGUCAAUCUUCCACCCUCCUAUCCUCUCCCCUCCUCCGUGCGCGGACCCCUCGAUGCACUACCACCAGUACGACAGUGUCGAGUAUGCCAUCAGUAUUCUCGAGAACAUGUCCAAGCAUUCACGUGAGUAUUGA